AUGGAAGUUCUGGAUAAAUCGUGGAUUAAGAGACCACGAAAUUCUCUUGAGUAUGCACAAGGUGUCUCAAGAUUUAUUGAGUUUGCUUUUGCACAUCAUUCUGCCGAUGGAACAAUCAUAUAUCCAUGUAAUGCAUGUGCUUUUAAGAAGUGGCUAACAAGGGACGAGGUGUAUGAUCAUUUGAUUUGUACACAAUUCCCAAUAGGAUAUACAUUUUGGUUUCAUCAUGGAGAGCGCUCGAUAGGAGAAACUAGCAACGUCUCAAGUAGUAUUUUUUCGGAUGUACAACAAAAUUCUAUGGCCGACGAGCAGAAUCCUAUGGUCGAAAGUGAUUCAAUUCGAAACUUGAUUAGUGAAGGUCUAGGAGUUGGUGGGAACAUCAGAAAUGGAACAUCCAUAAUAGCAAAUGAAGUCCUUGAUGGUGGUGCUCAAAGAUUGAUGCCUAGUGAAUCUCAUGAAACUCUUGAAGCGAAAGGGUUUAGCGAGCUACUUAAGGAUGGAGAAGAGCCGUUAUAUGAAGGGUGUACAAGAUACUCGAAGUUAUCUUUUCUAUUGAAGUUGUUCCAUAUCAAAUCCCUCUGUGGUAUGACCGGCAAGUCUAUGAAGAUGAUUUUAGAACUAUUGAGUGACGCAUUCAAAUACGCGAGGAUUCCAAGUUCUUUUUAUGAGGAAAAAAAGAUCAUUUCUAAACUCAGUUUGGAUUGCACGAAGAUACAUGCUUGCCCAAACAAUUGUAUGUUGUAUUGGGGCGAAGAUGAGAACAUGGAGACAUGUAAGGUCUGUAAUAGGUCUAGAUGGAAGACAUAUAAGAAAAAAGGUCCAGCUGAGGCAUCAAGUAUUAUUGGUAACAAAAAGAAGAAGCAUCCGACAAAAGUUCUUCGUUACUUUCCUUUAAAAUCUCGAUUGAAAAGAUUGUUCUACUCGUCAAAGACUGCUGCUGAUAUGCGAUGGCAUGCUACAGCUGAGAAUAAGGAUAACUCAAUGAGACAUCCAAGAGACUCUGAGGCCUGGAAAAGGUUUGAUUUGGAGCACUCCAAUUUUACAUCCGAACCACGAAAUGUGCGUCUUACAUUAGCUACCGAUGGCUUCAAUCCACAUGCAACUUUAAGUGCAAAUCAUAGUAUUUGGCCUGUCAUUCUCAUUUCGUAUAAUACUCCUCCAUGGACGUGUAUGAAAUCGACAUCAUUCAUAAUUUCAAUGAUCAUUCCUGGCAAGAAAAUGCCAGGAAAUAACAUAGAUGUUUAUUUGCAACGUCUAAUAAAAGAGUUAAAGGAGUUAUGGGUUGAGGGUUGCGAUGCAUAUGAUGCUUUAACACAAGAAGUGUUUAAGUUGCACGCAGCUUUAUUGUGGACAAUUAGUGACUUUCCUGGGUUAGGGACUCUUUCUGGGUGGAAUACAUACACAGGACUUGCUUGCCCAUCUUGCAAUUUCGAUAACAUCCCUCAUCGUCUCAAUCACAGCAAAAAUUAUUAUUUUAUGGGUCAUCGUCGCUUUCUGGAUUAG